AUGGGGAUGCUGUGCUUUGUUUUCUACAUUUUCAGUCAUUUUGCCAAUGCUUUGAAGUUUGAUCCAAACCUCAUUCAAUAUAACCUCAAUACGAAUAAAACUGCAAAUAAUGUUCUAGAUUACUCGGGGAGUUGGCCAAAUCAUGUCUAUCAUCCGUCGCCUAUAAACUGGCGAAUUCCUUUUUACACCCUUUUCCUCGAUAGGUUUGCGGAUGGAAAUCCUCAGAAUAAUGACAUCAACAACACUGUCUUUGAAGUCGACACAUUCUCAAAUCAGUUGAGAUUCGGAGGGGAUGUCAGAGGAUUGGAAGAUUCCUUGGACUACAUUCAAGGGAUGGGGAUCAAGGGCAUCUAUAUCGCUGGUACUCCGUUUCUUAACUUCCCGUGGAAGUCAGAUGGCUAUUCGCCCCUGGAUCUCAGCCUACUAGAUCCCCAUCUCGGCAACAUCCAACAAUGGAGGUCCUUGGUUGAAGAUAUACAUCAACGAGGCAUGUACGUAAUGGUUGAUAUCACUUUUGGCACCAUGGCUGAUUUGCUUGGAUUUGAAAACUUCCUCAACAGUACUGCUCCUUUGAAUCCAAAGGAAUACAAAACGGUAUGGAAAGGACAACAGAAAUAUUUCGAUUUUGUUCCGGGAGAGAAAUACAAGAAAGAAUGCGUCUAUCCAAAAUUUUACAAGGAGGAUGGGUAUCCUGUUUCAAAAGGCUCGGAUGCUUUUUUUGAUCAGCUAGAGGGUUGCUAUGACAGCGAAUUUGACCAGUAUGGUGCCAUGGACUCUGUUAGUCUUGCCCCGGACUGGCAGAGGUCUCUUGCCAAGGCUGGCUUAGUGCAAGAUCGGCUACGAGAAUGGUUCCCAUCAGUUCGAGAAAAAUUGGAGCACUUUUACUGCAUGAUGAUCGCAUCACUGGACAUUGAUGCUAUCCGAUUCGAUAAGGCGGGUCAAAUUACCGUGGAUUCUCUCGGAGAUUCAUCGCAAGCUAUUCGGAAAUGCGCCUCUAAUCUGGGUAAGGCUAACAUUUUGCUUGCGGGUGAAAUUACUGCAGGCAACAAUUACGCGUCGAUUUAUUUUGGCAGAGGUCGGGAACCCCACAUGCGGCCGCAGAAUGAGGCCGCCGCAAUUCAACUAAAUGAUUCCUCAACUUCGGAUUAUUUUAUUCGUGAACAUGGAAAAAACGCCAUGGAUGCUGCUGCAUUCCAUUACAGCAUCUACCGAGCGUUGACCAGGUUCCUUGGCAUGGACGGCAAUUUUACAGCACCGUGGGAUUUGAGCACGGAUUUUGUAGCGGCCUGGAACGAGAUGUUGAUUUCGAAUGAUCUCAUCAAUGCAAAUACCGGGGAAUUUGACCCCCGACAUAUGUUCGGAACCAGUAACCAAGAUACAUUUCGAUGGCCAGCAAUUAAACAAGGCGUUGAAAAAUUCCUCUUGGGCCAAUUCAUUACUACAUUGCAUCUCCCUGGGAUCCCUGUCCUUCUGUGGGGUGAAGAGCAGGCACUUUAUGUGCUGGAUAGUACAAGUCCUCUUGCUCUCUUCGGACGUCAGCCGAUGUGUUCUUCAACGACUUGGAGCAUUCAAGGAUGCUAUGGUCUUGGGUCCAAUCAGUAUAACAACUUUCCAGUGGAAUCUGCAUCCACAGGAUGUGAUGACCCAGGGGUCGGCAUGGAUCACCGGGACCCGACCCAUCCCGUUCGUGGGAUCCUGAAGUCUUUCUUUCAUCUUCGUGAAAAACUACCGACUCUCAAAGAUGGCUAUUAUCUAGAGCAGAUAUCGAAACAAACACGAAAUAUUACUCUACCUGGUUCCAAUGGCACGGUGACAGAACUCGGCGCAUGGAGUGUGCUUCGAGAUCAAUAUUCUGGUGUCAAUUACAUUGUACCCAGCAAUGAAACCGCUAUUUGGCUCGUCUAUCACAAUGAGGAAUCACCUGUCCAGUAUAACUUUGACUGCAAGUCCUCCAUGGGGAGCUUUCUUGCUCCAUACCCCGCCGGCACACGGGUGAAAAAUCUACUAGCCCCCUACGAUGAGAUCUCAUUACAACCCAGCGGUUUCCAAUUCAACAACUCCACUGAGCUACAGGGUUGUCUUGAAAACAUGAAAUUUGAAGCUUUUGACUACAAACUUUAUGUUCCAAUCUCACGAUGGAUCCCCCCCCCAACCAUGUUGACCAAUUUCCUUCCCGGCCAUGAUGCCCGGAUUAAUUCCAAUAGUACGGCCGUUGAAAGCCAUAAGGUGGAUAUACAACUAGAAUUCUCGGCUGAACUUGAUUGCGAUCGUAUUACACAAAGCAUCACCAUUUCAUCAUCAACAGAGAGCAAAAUAUCUCCUCAAAUCGAUAAAAGCAGUAUUUCAUGCUCCUCGCUUGUUCCGAAAGCCCCGCGCUAUGUUGGUCAAAUUCCUUCCGCUUGGUUGUGGAAAGGCACUUUGGAUAACGUCACACACGGGAUACAUGCUCUGAAAAUCAAUAACGCCUCCAACUCAGAUCGAGAAAGGUUUACAGACUCUGUUGACAGGCUAGUAUUUCGCAUUGGACGCAAAGAUAACGUGAUGAUUUUCCCAUUACUAGCUAAUUACACAAACGGUGGCUUUCGUCAGAGCACUGAUGGAGAAGGCUUCGUUGUGGAUCACAAAGCUGCGGGAGCUGACAUGUGGCGGUAUUCUACAAACUGGGCCAGCACGUGGAGUGAAUGGAAGCCAUAUGAAGGCAGUUCAAAUCAUGUCAAUAGCCUGCCUUGGUCUGGAACUAAUGCUCAAAAAUGGCAGGGAGACCAUAUCAUCUUGCAGUAUUGGAGCCAAUUAGCCGGAAGCAGCCAACAUAUCCAGCAUGUUGACAUUGAAGGAUUUCAGAAACCCCCUCGAAGGUUCCCUCACCUUUUUGCAAUCGGCCCUUUCAAUUCUUACGGUGCAGACAAUGGGAUCAAGAACGCCUUUACGCAAGACACUAAGUCGGCAAAUUGGGAGCUUCAUCUUACUGCGGAAUGGCCCACCAACUUCCAAGUAAAUGUUUGGGGAUUCAAUCCUGACAAACAACUGGAUAAGGCUCUGAUCCUGGGAGACACAUUGAACAGCAGCCGACUCAACCGUCUGCCUCCCGACUCCUUAUCGUUUGCAGAGAAAGUCGUAAAUUUCUCACAGUUUCCACCUCCUCCAUAUAUGGCAUAUCGAAUGGAACUCAACGAUGGCACAAUGAAAUUUCAACUUCAUCCGGCCGGGUUGCGCGUGCACCAGCAGAUAAUAUACAUUCUUCUGUGGGCCGUUCCGAUCCUGACCGGAGUUUCCAGCGUUUUGCUCUACAUGAAAAAUUACAAAAUCACCUUCAAUCUUUCCGGUGAUAAGCUCAAUUUCUCCAGGUCCUUUCUGCCAUUAUUCUUCAGAAACCGUCAAUAUUUUCAGAAGGUCAGUUCGGUUGAGAUUCAAGACCAUCAAUUCAACAUCGUGCCGGAUGUUCCCACUCCUGGACUUUCUGGAAUGAUGCCCCUGAUUACAAUUGAACGGCAAACAGCCAAACGAACAAUUCUUCUUGCAACUUUGGAAUAUGAUAUUGAAGAUUGGGCUAUCAAGAUCAAGAUAGGCGGGCUUGGUGUAAUGGCACAGCUCAUGGGGAAGAACCUAGCGCACCAUGAUAUUGUAUGGGUUGUCCCUUGCGUCGGUGGUGUCGAUUACCCGGUCGAUACGCCAGCAGAGCCAAUGUCAGUUACUGUGGUUCACAGCAUCUACGAUAUUCAAGUGCAGUAUCAUAAGCUACGAAACAUCACAUAUGUCCUUCUCGAUGCACCGGUCUUCCGCCAACAGAGCAAAUCAGAGCCAUAUCCCCCGCGCAUGGACGAUCUUCAGAGCGCGAUAUAUUAUAGCGCAUGGAAUUCGUGUAUUGCAGAGGCGGCUCGAAGGUUUCCGAUCGAUAUUUACCACGUCAACGACUACCACGGAGCCCUGGCACCUUUGCAUUUACUACCAAAAACUAUCCCUUGCUGUCUUUCAUUGCAUAACGCUGAGUUUCAGGGACUGUGGCCAUUGCGCAGUCAGAAAGAGACCGAAGAGAUUAGUGAAGUAUUUAAUCUCGAUAUAUCUCUUAUCAGAAAAUAUGUUCAAUUUGGAGAAGUCUUCAAUCUCCUUCAUGCAGGGGCCAGUUAUCUCCGUAUACAUCAGCAUGGAUUCGGUGCGGUAGGAGUUUCCGCGAAGUACGGUGAUCGCUCACACGCAAGAUAUCCAAUAUUCUGGGGUCUUAAAGAGAUUGGAAAGCUUCCCAAUCCAGAUCCAUCUGAUACAGAUCCUUGCGAGGACCAAAGUCUGACCCUCUCAUCUCCAGAUGUUGUCGUUGACCACAUAUAUGAGCAGUCUCGAGGGGAUCUCCGUCGCCAGGCCCAAGAAUGGGCAGGAUUACAUGUAGACCCGAAAGCAGAAUUGUUCGUCUUUGUCGGCCGUUGGUCGGUCCAGAAAGGUAUUGAUCUGAUUGCUGAUAUAUUUCCAUCGAUCCUCGAAAAGAACCCCCAUGUUCAGCUUAUUUGUGUUGGUCCUGUGAUCGACAUGUACGGCAAAUUCGCCGCGCUGAAAUUGCAACAGAUGAUGAAGAUUUACCGAAAGCAGGUGUUCUCAAAACCUGAGUUUACAGUGCUUCCACCCUUUAUCUUUUCGGGUGCUGAAUUCGCAUUAAUUCCAUCGCGCGAUGAACCUUUCGGUCUGGUAGCUGUCGAGUUCGGCCGCAAGGGUGCUCUAGGAGUAGGAUCCCUCGUUGGCGGUCUCGGCCAGAUGCCUGGCUGGUGGUAUCCAGUCGAGUCAAUGACCGCCAGACAUUUGCAAAAACAAUUCAAAUCAGCUGUCGAAAAUGCACUAAAGUCAACGCCGGAGACACGAGCUAUUAUGCGGGCCCAUUCCGCCAAACAGCGCUUUCCAGUUGCUAGAUGGGUGGAAGACCUCGACCAUUUGCAUGCCAGGUCCAUCAAAAUGCAUGGAUCAGGAGGAAGUCUUCAAGUUUCCAAACAGGAAGCUCCAACUUUUGGUUUCUAUCUUGAGCGCCCAGCGUUGGGAACUCGAGCUGCCAGUCAGACAUCAUUGGCCAUGAUGAAAAAUCACAACUUGACAAGUCCCGACGCAAGUCGAUGGUGGAUUUCACCAUCCAUUGUUAUCUCCGACGAAAGCCCAACAACGCAAAGUGGCAUGAAAAGGACUUUUUCGCUGGGUUCACGGCGUGGCCCGGGUCAUCAUUCUCGACAGUCCGUUCUAUUCGAAGAAACUGAACUCACUCCAAGGUUGGACGAAGUUGCAGAAUCUGAUGACUAUUCCAUUUCGGUCCAGGAAGCUCAAACUUUUGUUCAGCAAGAUGAGCAACGCCAUCAAUUAUCUCCCUCCGAUACAACAAGUGAUCAACCACGAGGGCGAUCGCAUACUCGAUUCGUAUCGCAGCCCACACCUCUCAUGGGGCUGGGACUUGGCGUUGACGCCAUCUCUUCAUCAACAACCAGAGUCAGAUCUAUCAGCGCAUCAUCGGCUUUGAGUGUGGAUCGAGUCAAGGAAAACCGCGAAUCCUUUUCCCUUGAGAAUGCCGAUCCAAUCUUUAUGGAUGAGACGAAGAAAUAUGCACGCUACUUUGAGGGUAUACUGCAACGACUGAAUGGUAAAACAUCGGAAGACGAACUCUGUAUUGAAGACUUCAUUGUCAACAGCGAAAAGGAGUGGACUAAUAACUUGCGACGCGUGAAGAUGGGUCGCCUGUCCAGUCAGUCCCCAUCUCCGUUAUUGGCGCCUACGAGAUCCCCUUCUAUCAGAGCAGGGUCUGAUGAAGAGCUCGACGAUGUGAUACUGAGGUUAAACGAUGAGGGAGAUUUGCCAGAAUUUCUGCUGCCGAAAGAUUUCCAGCGGCCGUCUGCUGUCCAACGGUGGAUGACUGCGCGGGCUUUCGAUUGGCCGGUCUACUCGAUUAUUCUGGGGCUUGGGCAAAUCAUGGCUGCAAAUUCCUACCAAAUCACUCUACUCACAUCCGAACCAUCACAAAAUCCAAUUUUGCUCUAUGUUCUUGGUGCCAUAUAUAUCCUCACAAGCGGCUGUUGGUGGCUUGCCUUUCGGCGGUUUCCCUCGGUCUACCUACUUCCGGUCCCAUUUGUCUUCUACGGCCUAGCGUUCAUUAUCCUUGGUAUUUCAGCAUUCAUUCAACAGGAUACUGGAAAGACCUGGGUUCAAUAUAUUGCAACGUCUCUCUACAUAAUUGGUUCUUCCAGUGGUUAUUUGUUCUUCUCACUCAAUUUUGGAGAUGAUGGCGGCUCGAAGAUUGAUUCAUGGGUUUAUCGCGCAUGCAUUAUUCAAGGGACUCAAAAUAUCUAUAUUACUUGCCUUUUCUUCUGGGGAGCUGAAAUAGCUUCUGGAGAGCGAGGAUCACUCGGGUUGAGUUCCACGACUGCGGCUGUCGCUAUGGUUGCGGGUAUUGUUCUCUGGCUCAUUGCAACGGCUCUUUUUAUUGGCUUGCCCGUGUAUUACCGUCAAACACCUGGCAAGAUUCCGGCCUUUUACAAAAGCAUCCUCCGACGCAAGAUUGUGAUUUGGUUUACGGUGUCUGUAAUACUCCAGAAUUACUUCCUCGGUAUUCCCUACGGUCGCAAUUGGGCCUAUCUGUGGGGCUCCAAAUAUGUUCCACGUUGGGCAGUGUUACUGUUAGCCUUCUUGUUCUUCAUUGUGAUAUGGUAUGCACUUCUUGCAGUCUUGGCUUGGCGAUCGAAGAGUCACUCUUGGAUUAUGCCCAUUUUUGCGGUUGGACUAGGCGCUCCCCGCUGGGCGCAGAUAUUUUGGGGCACAUCGGGCAUCGGUUGGUGGGUACCGUGGAUGAUCGGGGGAGCAAAGGGCAGUGCUCUGGGAGGACGAGCUGUAUGGCUAUGGCUGGGAACCCUUGAUUCAAUCCAAGGCGUAGGAUUUGGCAUGAUGCUAUUACAAACGCUAACUCGCAUCCAUAUAGCAGCGACCCUAUGCGCUGCGCAACUGAUCGGCACGGUCACGACUUUGAUUGCUAGUGCCACGGCCCCAGAUCGCGAUGGACCCGGUGAUGUAUUUCCGGACUUCUCGGCGGGAAUUCUUUUGGGAAUCAAGAAGCCUUGGUUUUGGAUUGCAUUGAUUUGCCAGUUGAUUAUUCCGAUCGGUUACCUCAAAUUCUUCAGAAACGAGCAGCUAAAUAAGCCUUGA